UGCUGAUGCGCCACAAAAUAACAAGAGGAAAAGUCUCUCCAUUCUCUAAAAUAAAAAGAUACAUUUUCUUAUUUUGAUCAUAAAGAUUACACAUAUUUCAGGAUUCCUGACUGAACAUUUGCAAUUAAAUGUAGCUAUAACAGUAAUCGUUUUCUAGCAUCCACCGGUGUUGGGCGCCCUAAUAAAUAAAUAAGUCGUGAGAGGAGAGCCAGACUGCUGAUGUCAGAAGCUUCAGUGCUGCAUUUACUGCUGCAGGGUGGAUGAAUGAAGAGCUCGAGCUGCUCCGGAGUCACACAUGCAACAUGCAGUCCGUCGUGAUCAUAUCGGCGCUGGCUUUGUGCCUGGCUCCUUCAGGGAACGCGGGGAGAAAGGUUUUUACAUGUCCUUCCUCGUGUAGCUGCUCCAAGGAGUCUAUUAUCUGCGUCGGGUCUUCGUAUGUCCCGCGAUUCAUUCCCAACGAUGUCAGUUCACUGAGUAUUGUGAAUGGGACCUUCUCUGAGAUCAAGGAGGCGAUGUUCUCACACAUGCCAUCCUUACAGUUACUGUUGCUGAACUCCAAUGCUCUCACUACAAUACGGGAUGAUGCAUUUUCUGGCCUCCCUCACCUGGAGUACCUAUUUAUAGAAAACAACAAGAUUGAAACAACAUCAAAAUACUCUUUCAGAGGACUUAGGGAUUUGACUCAUCUGUCUUUGGCAAACAACAACAUUAAAGCUUUGCCCAGAGAUCUGUUCAUUGAUCUGGACUCAUUGAUAGAGCUAGACUUGAGGGGCAAUGUCUUUGAGUGUGACUGCCGAGCGAAGUGGCUGAUGAUGUGGUUAAAGAGCACGAACGCCACUGUAUCAGACGUCCUCUGCGCCGGUCCUGAGGAGAUGACGGGCAAGGGGCUUAAUGACAUGACGAGCUUACAUAACGAAUGCAUCUCUACAGAUUUCAUUCCUCUCCACUCUGUGUCUACCGAGUCUUUGUCUGUGGACACGUUCUCCCACAAGAACGACGUGUACGUGGCCAUCGCUGCUCCCAACAUAGAGAGCUGCAUGGUGCUCCAAUGGGACCACAUCGAGAUGAACUUCAGGAGUUACGACAAUCUUUUAGGUCAGUCCAUAGUUGGCUGCAAGUCUGUGAUCAUCCAGGACCAGGUGUUUGUCAUCGUUGCUCAACUCUUUGGUGGUUCCCACAUCUACAAGUUUGAUGAAGACCAGAGCAAGUUCACAAAGUUCCAAGACAUUGAGGUUUCCAAGAUUUCCAAGCCGAAUGACAUUGAGGCCUUUCAGAUCGGCAACGACUGGUUCUUCAUCAUCGCUGACAGCUCGAAGGCUGGACUUUCUACUCUCUACAAAUGGAACGACAAGGGCUUCUACUCCUACCAGUCGCUUCACGAAUGGUUUCGUGAUACAGAUGCAGAGUUUGUGAAUUUGGACGGUAAGGCCCAUCUUAUCCUAGCAAGCCGUUCCCAAGUACCGGUCAUCUACCAGUGGAGCAGGAGCACUCAGAAGUUUGCCUUGCAAGGAGAGAUCCCAAACAUGGAAGAUGUAGUCGCUGUCAAGACCUUCCGGAUCAAGGAGGAUCUUUAUCUGGCCAUGACCCGAUACAUCGGCGACUCCAAAGUCUUGCACUGGACUGCGAAGGAGUUCUCCGAGGUCCAGGCCCUUCCUUCGAGAGGCUCCAUGAUCCUGCAGCCCUUUUCCUUCAAAGAAAGGUACUACCUGGCUCUGGGAAGCGACUACACCUUCUCGCAGAUCUAUCAGUGGGAUGCAGAGGAGAAGGUUUUUGAGCGUUUCAAGGAAGUCUACAUCCAGGCUCCACGUUCCUUCACUGUGGUCUCCACUGACCGGAGGGACUUCGUAUUCGCCUCCAGUUUUAAGGGCAGCACACAGAUCUUUGAGCAUAUCAUCAUUGAUCUGAGUCUUUAAGUGCUGUUGUGGACACAGUUGCAGUUAAAGGGUUAGUUCACUCAAAAAUGAAU